UUAGCGUGCAUGUAGCGUGCUAUCCGAGCUUCAACCCACAUUUAAACACUUAGCUGUGGACAGUUGGCUGAGCAUUUGGGCCCGGGUUCCGCUCCGUGUUGUAACGCAUAGCGAUACACAAAUCAGCACCCCUCGAAAGUGAAGAAUAAAACUUUAUCGCAUCGCGUCUAUCCUAAUCAGUUCGAGUUGACAUGCACCGCGGCAAUUAGCGACUACACCGCAAUCAGCAACCAUCAGGGGAGUGAUAAAUCUGAGCAGUUUUCGAUCGCGUACGUGUCGUUGUCGGGAAGAAAAACUACGCUCGCCGCCAUUCGGAUCGCUUGCCGUCGCCGUAUUCUUCGUGUGACCUUCGUCAAAGCGGCUAGCCAACGGGCACCAAAAUAAACAUCGAGACGAUGGGGAAUAAGGGGCACCUUCGGUUCGCAUCUUCUACGGGGGCAGUUCUGCUGUCGGUGGUUGCCUGCAUUGUAACCACCAGUUCGCUCGUUGUAUCCCAAGGAAUUGAAACCAUCCCACCUAAACUGUACGCAAAGCUCCCUGCCAGUAACGUUCCAUUGCUUUGUCGCAGCAAUAAGCCCGCCAGCAGUUGCACCGUCAGAAUUCCUGGCUACGCCAACACCUACGACGUGCAUGACCUUCCCAAUGGAAUCGAGUACUACGGGGAAAGUUUGCAACGCGGCGAGUGCGGGAUCAUGUUCAACUCGCUCAAGUCAACAAACGUGGGCAAGUUUCAGUGCAACAUGACCGUCGGCGGAGAGGUCUUCCAGCAAUCGAUCGAGAUUGAGGCCGCCCUGAGUCCGGAACCGACGGACAUUACGAUCGGCGAAGAUGCAAUCGUUGAACAUGGGGCUUUUGCACCGAAUCAAACCUUGCGGUUGACUUGCAGCUCGAAUAAUGCCAAUCCGGCGUCUAAUCUGACGUGGCUGUUGGACGACGACGUUAUUGAUCCUUCCUAUCUCCAGCCAGUCCAAACCAUCGAAGGCGUCGAUGGCAAGGGAAGGAGAAUUGUGUCUGUAUCGCAGGAGUUAAAUUAUUUCGUCACUUUGAAGGAUCACGGAAGGAAAAUCGUAUGCCGGGCGGACCACUUUGCAAUUCAAAAAGGAUUUUACCGAGGCUUUCUUCCGCUCAGUUUCCGAUUCAUUCCAGAGCCUGUACCGACAAUCAACAUCGGAGAAAGCAUUAUCAACGUUACAAUCAAAGCCAAUCCACGUCCGGCCACGUCUUGGAAGGUCAACGAUAUGACGAUCGUAGAAGGUCAAAGCUUGGGACCAUAUCAAGCCUACUACCCCAAAGAUUUGGGUUUCGGCAACUACCUGGUCCUGCUGAGGAUCAACGAGCCAACGAACCAAUCGGACCUGAUUGAACUGACUGCCAGCAACGAGCUGGGAUCGCGGGGGUACGUGAUCCGAGCGCAGAAGAUCGAACCGACCCCGGCCGCUCCCGGUCGGGGGACCACCACAUUCUUCCUCAUCAGCUUGUGGACGUACUUGUGCUCUGUGAUAGUGACCUGUGUGUUGAGAAUGCCAUGAGCAAACUGUUCCUUUACCCAAAGCCGAAAGAUGUUAACGCUCCUCUUGCGGAUCGGAGACCUGUUUUGCUCGGGACGGUUGUCAGCGACAAUCUGCGAGCAAUGCAGGGCUCGUUCCCUUCCGCAGAGGAGUUAUCAGUAUUAAUAAUAGUGUUUCCUAUUCGAGACUUAUCGGGGAAUUUGA